UACACAAAGCCGUAGCAGCUGAUAGGAUGGAGUCGGGGUGGGCAUUGUGUGCUGUUGUAGUAGCGUUGACCUGCAUGGGAAAAGGGGGCCAUUCACAGGCAAAUGUGUGUGGCAUUGCUUCUCUCAACACAAAGAUUGUUGGGGGUCAGGAUGCAGGGGCAGGGAGCUGGCCAUGGCAGGCCAGUCUGCACAGCUCCAACAGCCAUUUUUGUGGAGGCUCCCUUAUCAACAAAGAGUGGGUGCUGACUGCCGCUCAUUGCUUCCCCAGCACCAGCACGUCCAACCUGCUUGUCUACCUGGGCCGGCAGACUCAGCAAAGCAUCAACUCCAACGAGGUAUCCCAAACAGUCUCUCAGAUCAUCUGCCACCCGGACUACAACAGUGCAACCAGCGACAAUGACAUAUGUUUGCUGAAGCUCUCGUCACCCGUCACCUUCACUGACUACAUCCAGCCGGUCUGCCUGGCAGCAGUGGACAGCACCUACUACACUGGCACUACUAGCUGGGUCACCGGAUGGGGCAAUAUCAAUAGUGAUGUGCCCCUUCCAUCACCCGGGACCCUACAGGAGGUGACUGUGCCAGUAGUGGGGAACAGGGAGUGUAGCUGUCUCUAUACUGGAUUUAGUUCAAUCACAAACAACAUGAUCUGUGCUGGUCUACUGAGUGGAGGAAAAGAUUCCUGUCAGGGAGACUCCGGGGGGCCAAUGGUGAGCAAACCGGGUCAGGUCUGGAUACAGUCUGGAGUUGUGAGUUUCGGACAAGGCUGUGGCGACGCAAAUUUCCCAGGAGUGUACACCCGAGUGUCCCAGUACCAGACCUGGAUCAACAGCCAGAUCAGCACUGACAUGCCAGGCUUCGUCACCUUCUCCUCCAGUGGGACUGACUCUGAUCUCAAUGUCUCCUGUAAUGCACUGUCCAAUGGGAUCACACUCUUCUCCCUCUCUCCUAUUCUCGUGUCUCUCUAUCUCUUCUAAUAGAGGACGCUUAACUUUACUUACUGUAUGUGAUAAGUACUGUAAUAGUAUGUUUAUACACUGAUCCAAAAGUGAUGGGUUUAUUUUAAUAUGAAUCUACUGUAUCUACUAAUACUUGUUGAUUGUGAUGUAAGCCAUUAAGUUGGACAGCAAAUGUCAUUGUGCUAUAGUAUUACAUUUGGUUGUUCAUCAGAGCUCAGUUUCUGAUUGUUGUUUGCAGCUAUGCUUAGCUAUCACACUUAAUGCAACUUGUUUUUCUCCAUUUAAUCAUGAACUUAUGUAUAUUUGUCCAUCUUGAAUAGACUGUAUCUGCAAAUAAAUACACUAUUUACAGUGAA